AUGGCGAACGUUCGGGAUAGUGACACAUCGUUGUGGCUCCACAAUAAACUCGGAACAUCGAAUGAUUCUUGGACUACGGGCUCAAUUUGUACACAAUUAAACGCCGAAGUUUUAAAAAACAUCAAGGAUUGUUUUCCAGAUCUGCAAACACAAGUGAAAUUAAAAUUAUUGCUAAGUUUCUUUCAUAUCCCGCGCAGAAAUGUUGAAGAGUGGCGAAAUGAGUUGGAAGAAAUCAUUGAAGUUGCAGCAGUGGAUUCGGAUCUGUGGGUGGCCAUGCUUGCAGAGGUCCUCAAGACGUUCCCCUCAGCUGGGACCCUUAAUACAGAGAUAGCAGAGUUUGAUGAGACAAGGCCCAUCUUCAGUGACAUGAUUGGAGAGCUCCGGAGAGCUUUAGCUAAACAUUCAGACCUUGGACUGUUACCACUUGAGUGCCUAUAUUUAAACAAAAAUGCCUUAGUGUCUGUGGUAGGGCAACAGCCCAACCCAGUCAAGCACUUUACACUAAAACGUAAACCUAAGUCAGUUGCAUUAAGAAGUGAGCUGUUAGCCAAAGCAGCUGAAGUUCAAGCCAACCAGAAGAAAGCGCAAGCGCCAACUGUGCCUGUACGCAGUCGCGGCAUGCCUAGGAAAAUGACUGAUACCACACCCCUCAAAGGUCUCCCCUCCCGUUGGGCGGCGCGCACGGGAGCACGCGUGCCCCCCAUAGUACGUCCUCCGCCGCGCACGGGCAUUAAGCUAUUAGAUAUUGCUGAACAACCGGCCACACAUGCACAGAUCAAGAAACGAAGGAAGCUGGAAAUGGAGGAGGGCGCGAAGAAGGCGCCGCCCGCCGCGCCCGCGUCGCCGCCGCCCGACUACGCCAAAGGCCUCAACUACCAGGUGCCCAAAGUGGAAGAUGCGCCGCCUCCCGCCACGAGUACAGAACCCGUUCCGGAAGCGGCUGAGCCAACGAACGAAGUGGACACCCCGCCCUCCCCGCCGCCCGCGCAGCCCGCUCCCCCUCUACUGGUGCAGCAGGGUACGGGUGCAAAACCAAUAGUAAUAGGUCAGCAGCCGAAACUCCUUAUAGCGGGCCAGGCGGGCGGCAAGCCAGUGCUAUUGUCUGCUCAGAACUUACUCAACACUUCCGCGGUUAUACUGCAGGGCGGCGGCAAGGCGGUUCUUCUGCAGAACAUCAAACCUAUGACGCAGCAAGUAGUACAACAGACGCCGCAGCCGAUUCAACAUCAAAUAGCGCAUCCCGUGCAAAUCCAACAACCCGUGCAGCAAGUACCAGUGGCAGCAGUGCAGCCGCAACCGCAACCGCAGCCGCAACCGCAACCACAACCGCAACCGCAGCAAGCACAACAACCGCUGCUGCCGCGUAGAGGCUUAUCUCUUACGCGCGAACAAAUGAUGGAAGCUCAAGACAUGUUCCGCAACGCCAACCGCGUCACGAGGCCUGAGAAAGCGCUCAUACUCGGCUUUAUGGCUGGCUCUAGAGAUAACCCGUGUCCAAACCUCGGCAACAUAGUCACAAUCAAGCUGUCGGAGAACAUAGAGAACGUCCUACAGUCUGACGACACGUACCUCACGAUGUUAUCAGAGAUGCACUUCCAGAUGAACUACAACAACGGACAGUGGACCCGCCUCAAGAAGUACAGGCAUAUUGAUGGAAUGGUCCCACAGAAGAUCCCUCCGGGCUCGACCGUCAUAGCGGCCAACAACCAGCAACCAGUCGUAUCCAUCGCCAACCAAAGUGUCAGUUAAGGUUGGUUAAUGUUUAAGUUUGCUCGUUAUUCUGUUGGUGUUGCAAUCCAGUUCAAACUGUACCUUAUUCGCGGAAUGAUAUUAGUAUGGCGCUCUCUCUGUUACGUUAUCCCAUACAAAUGAUAGAGAGAGCGCUAUACAACUUCAUUCCGUGGAUAGGGUAAAGAGGUCCAAACUUACAAGGGUGUUACUUGUAUCUUAUAGUUGUAAAUAAUUUUAACAUAAAUAAUUCUUGUAUAUAUUUAUUAUUUUAUUUAAUAACACGGCGGAUAC